AUGCUAGAAAAUUUAUGCAUUAACUUAAUGAAUGAAUUAUUUUUAGCUAAACACAAUUUCCUCAUUUUCAUAAUAUUAAAUAACUUACAUAAAAAUGGAACAAGUAAUAAAAGAGUGAAAAAAAAAAAAAUAACAGUAAAUGAGAAGAAUGAAUUAAUCGAUUAUACAUAUUUUAAUAUUAUUAAAAAAGAUUAUUAUUUGAAAUUUAGUAUUAUUAAAGAGAAACAUAUAAAAAGAAAACGGAAAAUCAGAAUGAUAUUUAAAAAGUUGAGAAAAACUAUUAUAAAUAUGAAUAAAAAUUAUAAUAGAUAUAAAAAAAAUUAUUUCAAUAUAAUAAAUGAACCUAAUUAUAAUGAAUUUUUUCAAAAAAACAUUUUAUUAUUACAUUCUUUUGAAAGUAAUUUUAUUUUUAAUAAAAUAUAUUGUAGAAUUAUCAAUAAGAUAAAUUGUAUGAAUAAAAAAAAAAGUGUAAAAAUUUUUAAAAAAAAAUUUUUAUGUAACAAGUUAGAAGAUAGAAGCAAUUUCACACACAUUUGCAACAGAAAAGAAUAUUUAAAAUAUUUAAAUCGCAAUUUACAUAAAUAUAUUUAUAAAGACAUUUAUAAUUUUCUCCCAAAUUAUAAUUUUGAAAAAGAAUCAAACUUAAUCAAAAAAAAAAAGAACUGCGUGUUCAGCGAAGAAAAGGUCAAUAGAAUUUUAAAAAAAAAAAAAGAAAUAGUAAAAAAGGUUUGCAUAAAAAACAAAACUUAUAUUUUGUCAUCUAAAAAGCUUAAAAAGCGGUAUAUUGAAUUCUUUGAGAAGUUUCAUUCAUUUUUAGAUAAUUUAAAAGUAGAUAAAAAAGAUGAAACAAAGCAGCUUAUUGCUGAUUAUAAAGUCUUAAAAACACUUUUAUAUUUAAAAAAUUCAAGUAUUUCAAAAAAAUUAGAUAACAAUAGCUUAAUAAAAAGUAAAAAUUAUAAAAUAUACGAAGCCAUUUCAAUGAUAAGUUAUUUAAAGAAAGGGUUAUAUAUCCUUAAAAUGGAUAUUAUUUAUAUUUAUAUUUUUUUUUGUUCAUAUAUAAAUAAUAUCUUUGCAAAAUUAAAAAAAAUCUAUUAA